AUGAAGAUAUCAGAAGUAAAAAGUACAACACGCGAACAACGUAUCACUCCUCACACGCAUAUAAAAGGACUUGGUCUAAAUGAAGAAGGGAGGGCAUUUCAAGUUGCGGACGGUUUCGUCGGACAGACGUCAGCAAGAGAGGCGUGUGGAAUUAUUGUCGAUUUGAUUAAAUCCAAAAAAAUGGCCGGUCGCGCGUUACUUCUAGCUGGCGCUCCCGGAACUGGUAAAACCGCUAUUGCUCUCGCGAUAGCUCAAGAGCUUGGUUCAAAAGUCCCUUUUUGUCCAAUGGUUGGUAGUGAGGUUUAUUCUUCUGAAGUCAAGAAAACCGAAGUUUUAAUGGAAAACUUUCGAAGAGCAAUAGGUUUAAGAAUUAAAGAGACUAAAGAAGUAUACGAAGGGGAAGUGACUGAACUUUCUCCUGAAGAGAUAGAAAAUCCUUUGGGUGGUUAUGGAAAAACUUUAUCGCAAGUGAUUAUUGGAUUAAAAACAGUCAAAGGAACAAAGCAAUUAAAACUAGAUCCAAGCAUUUAUGAAAGUAUACAGAAGGAGAGAGUUACUGUCGGAGAUGUCAUAUAUAUUGAAGCCAACACUGGUGCUGUGAAGCGGGUCGGCAGAUCCGAUGCUUAUGCUACGGAAUUUGAUCUAGAAGCUGAAGAGUACGUACCUCUACCAAAAGGUGAAGUCCAUAAAAAGAAAGAAGUUGUUCAGGAUGUUACAUUAAAUGACUUAGAUAUUGCGAAUGCAAGACCUCAGGCAAGUCAAGACAUGAUGUCAAUGAUGGGCCAGUUAUUGAAGCCAAAAAAGACAGAAAUCACUGAUAAGUUACGAAAAGAAAUUAAUAAAGUGGUUAAUAAAUAUAUAGAUCAAGGAAUUGCCGAAUUAGUUCCAGGGGUUUUAUUUAUUGAUGAGGUACAUUUAUUAGAUAUUGAAUGUUUUACGUAUCUUAACAAGGCUUUGGAAUCUACUUUAUCACCAAUAGUAAUUUUUGCUACAAACAGAGGAAUGUGUCAAGUCAGGUAA